AUGAAUUCUUUCAUUCCCAAAUGCUUUUAUAGUUUUCCCAAUCUUGCAAGCCUCGACCUUUCUCUUAAUAACUUGCAGGGCACGAUCUCAAGUGACAUAGAAAAUUUGACUUCUAUUGUCACUUUUGACUUGUCAUUUAAUGCUUUAACAGGAAGUAUACCAAAAUCCAUGGGAAAACUUUGCAAUUUGGAGGCAAUUGAUUUGUCAUACAAUAACUACAAAGGAAGAGUCCCAAUGGUAUUUGAAAGCUUGUUGUCGGGUUGCCUUGUAAAAAAUCUAAAGUCCUUGCAUUUGGAUGGAAAUUUGUUUGAUUCCUUUACUGGAGAAAUCUCAGAUGAAAUAGGAGUUUUCGAGAAUUUAGUUGAUCUUUCUCUCAAAAAUAAUAAUUUUUCUGGUCCCAUUCCUAUGUCAAUAUGUCAAAACUUACGAUCCAUAGAGUCAUUAGAUAUUUCGAAAAAUAAUUUCAUUGGCUCUAUUCCAGAAUGCUUGGUUUCUCUCUCAAAGUUAAAAUCUCUCAUUAUUUCCUAUAAUCAAUUAAGUGGACCACUUCCAAUCAGUCUUGGGUCUCUCUCAAACUUAGAAAUUCUUGAUAUUGGGUCAAACAAUUUCGAAGGUGAUGUGUCUGAAGUUCAUUUUGCCAACCUCACAAAGCUCAUUGAAAUACAUGCUUCUGAAAAUAAUUUGACUAUGAAAGUAAGUUCAUACUGGACUCCCCCCUUUUCUCUUGACUCCAUGGAUCUAGGAAACUGGAACUUGGGUCCUCAUUUUCCUGUAUGGCUAAAAUCACAAAAAAGUAUUUCUGAAAUAGACAUGUCCAACACUGGAAUUUCAGAUGCCAUUCCUAGUUGGUUAUGGAAUUUUUCUUCCUAUAAUAAAUAUGUUGCCUUUUCUAUUGACUUGUCCGAAAACCAAAUCUAUGGAGAAAUUCCUGAAUUUCCAAAUGAUGGUUAUAAUUAUAACUUAAACUUGAGCUACAACAAGUUGACAGGUUCAUUACCUCAUAUCCCCGUUUUUGGCAUACUAGAUCUUUCAAAUAACCAUUUGGCUGGUAGCAUUUCUAACUUCAUUUGUUAUCGAAAAACUCAAUCAAGAGUAGUUUUAGCUCUAUAUCUCGAAAAUAAUCUUUUAUCAGGAAAGAUUCCCAACUGUUGGAUGUAUUGGCCAAGUUUAUUGAUGAUAGACUUGGAUAACAAUAAUCUCACUGGGAAAAUUCCAAGCUCUAUUGGAUCUUUACAUGAGUUACGGUCAUUGCAUAUUCACAAUAAUAGCCUCAUUGGAGAAAUACCAGAGCCUCUUAAGAAUUGUUCAGCUUUAAGUGUUCUUGACCUUAGUUUUAAUAAGUUGGUGGGAACUAUACCAAGAUGGAUCGGAAGUCUUCCAAUGCUGCGCUUUCUUGUGCUUCGUUCAAACAACUUGACAGAUCAUAUUCCAGUUGAGCUAUGCAAACUUUCUUCACUUCAAGUAUUGGAUGCUAGCAACAACAAUUUGACAGGAAUCAUACCAAAAUGUUUUAAAAAUUUAACGGCUAUGACCUCUAGUUUGAAUCAAUCAAUGUUGCCUAGCUUUGUCUUUGGCACCACUAUUCAAUGGUCUAGAGAGAAUGCAAAUCUUGUAAUUAAAGGAAGGGAAAACCAGUACGACAGCAUCUUAUAUCUCUUAAGUGCCUUAGACCUUUCAGACAACAAAUUAUCAGGAGAAAUCCCAGAAGAACUUACAAGUCUCCAAGCAUUACAAUCGCUGAAUUUGUCGGGAAACUAUUUGAGUGGGAACAUUCCAAAGAAGAUUGGCAGUAUGGCAGAGUUGGAAUCUCUUGAUCUCUCAAAAAACCGAUUGUCCGGUCACAUUCCUUCAGGUAUGUCAAGCUUAACAUUCUUGAGUUUCUUGAACUUGUCAUAUAACAAUUUCUCAGGACAAAUUCCAACAAGCACCCAACUGCAAACCAUGGAUGCUUCCAGCUUUAUUGGCAACAAAUUGUGUGGACCACCACUCCUCAUAAAUUGUAGAGAAGAUCAUGUGACACUGCAUAGAAGUGCCGACGAUGGAGAAACACAAGAUGAUGAAUACUGGUUUCGAUUGGGCAUAGGAAUGGGGUUUGGAGUGAGCUUUGCAGGGGUCAUUGGUCCGUUGCUAGUUUGUGGAUUUUGGAGGCGUGCAUACUUUUGGUUUGUCGAAGAAUAUUUGUGGUACAAGUUUGUGGAUUACUUUAUCAAAGUAAAGUACAUGUUUUAAAAUUAUUUGGGUCAAUCAUGGUUUAAAGGCUUUUGUAAUAAGAUAGGGGUCUUUUCAUUUUGUACUGUUUGUUGUAAUGUUUGUUGGUUUCGUUGAACUCAGAAUACUUGUUUGCAUAUAUUUGGUUGUUUGGUCUUUUA